UGGUACCGAUUACGGAGCAGGAGAUGAGCAAUCAGGGAACCGAUGCAACAUCAUCGAACAAUACCCUCGAGUGUUGCAUGUGUGGAGACUAUGGCUUACACAACGAGUUCUUCCGAUGCAAGAUUUGCCUCUUCAGGUUCCAACACAGAUACUGUAGCGAUCUCUACCCGAAAGCCGAUUCUUAUCGAGUCUGUAAUUGGUGUCUGAAAAGAAAGGGAAGGAAGAUCAUCGACGACGGAGCAAACAAUUCCUCUUCUCUUACUUCUCCUAAUAAUAACAGCAAUAACAGACUUGAAGAUAAAAAGGAAGAAGAAAUCAAGAACAGGAGAAAUGAUGGGCUUGUGGGUGUGAAGGCCCAGAGAGGAAGUCUACAAUUGCAUCUACAGAAUCCCAUGAAGAAACAGAGAUCGCCGGAGCAAUCAUCGAUGGCAGCGCCAAAGAGGAUCAUUGCAAAUGGGUGCUUGAAGGAAAAACUUGGAAGGAAUAAAUCGGAGGAAAUCCCUAAGACUGGUGGGAGUGGGAUCGUCAAACAGGUCUUCAGAGGUAAGGUUCGAAGGUAUAAGCUCUUGGAUGAAGUCUCUAGCUAG